AAUAUGAUAUUCAGAUGUACUUAUUGUCGAAGGUUUUACGCAUGCGUAUUUCACUUAUCAGUGAACAAACUACAAUUUUGCAUUUUUCGCGGCUGGUUCCCAGGGCAUUUCCCUUUUUCCUCGGUUUUCAUUGUCAACAAUUGUCAACAAACUUUUUAAAAACGUUUUUUAAAAACAUGGAGGUUAAAAUUCAUAUCGAAAGUGAAUGCCCAGUGAAUAUAACAGACUUGAAAAUAAGUUUAGAAAACGUGAAAUGUAUUGGCGACUUAAAGAUGAAACUACAGCCUUUGCUGAGCGUAGCUGCUUGCGAUAUGUCCGUGUUUUAUACGAGACAGACUUCCAACAAAGCAUUAGAAAACACAGUGGAAAUUUCAAACUUAUACGUGCAAGAACAAGAUACGUUUGUAGUGAAAUUUGAAAGCACAUGCGAAAUGCACUUCUUGUCUGGGUUUAUUAACCGUAUGAAAGCCUUUGUCACGAAUAUUUGCGACGUGUUUUCGCAAGGGGAGAAGAUUUCCAUGGAUAAUGCGGACUGGGAAAACGAUGAAAAGUUGCGAGAAUACGACGAGUUUUAUCUAAGUGUGAUUUUAGACUUACAGUAUUGUUCCUCGUCAACGUUUGUACCGUGGACACACAAACCAACCAAUGCAAACAGGCAUUAUUUUGCACAAGAGGAUGGUUUGAAGUUGUUGGGAAGAAUAUAUAGAUUUGCUUCCAGAAGUCACUUUGAGUCAGUCGGUGUAACUGAUGAGGGUAGACCAGAUUACUUCAACGAGAAGCAAGAAGAGCUGGAAAUUUUUUGCCUUUACACCUUGUGGAACUUUUCCGAGAUGAAGGCAGAUCGUCAAUUGGUAUUAAAAGUGAUUGGCCUAGAGCCAUUUCUUUACUCCCUUCUGAAAGAUGAAAGCAGUGUCAAGGAUCUGGAAAAAAAAUCUCGUCUCAACCAAAUCAAUGACUCUUCUGUUGGAUGCUUAGUACAGUACGUUGAGCUGCCAAAUAUUCAGCUUAUUAUAGCUGAAAAGAAGGAAGUUCUGUCAAAGCUCUUCCAGAUCACAAUGAAAGGGUCAAAUGCUUAUCAGAAAGAGGUAGCUGCCAAUACCUUGUUUUGCUGUUCAAGUCACCCUAGAGCUGCUGAAAAGAUCAUAGAAAAUAAAUGCUAUGAAAUGGUGCUUAAAACAGUUGAAGCAACAGAGGAUAGAAAUGCUUUGGCAAAUCUUUCAUCAGCUGUUGCGUACUUUCUUUGUCUGUAUUUGGCCAACAUUCUAACCUUGCCUGAUAAAAACAUAAUCACACAAGAAGAAACUGAGAGAAUCAACCACGUCUUAGAAACAUUUCUGCAGAUUUGUAGGCCAGUAACAAUUAGCAGUUUCCAAGAAACACAUAAUUAUGUGUGGAUUACGUUAAUCCCUUUCCUUCAACUAGCUUUGUCUGGCCCUAGGAAAAGUUGCCAGACCUCAAUCAAUGUAGACGCACAAUCCAUAAAGGACAGUCACAAGUCUCCCUACAAAUUUUCUCCAGCGGAAAAAAUUGGUUUAUUUUGUCUUUGUCACUUGGUAACAACAGAAGAGAACAGGAAGCUAUUUAGAAAAGAACAAAUUGUCGAUUAUUUAAUAUGUGCUCAAUGGUUUGCGAAACAGUGUCCAGACGUUAAUGACCUGAUACCAAAACUUGAAGAUUUUCACCAACGUGAACCCCCACGUCUAGAAUCCAUAGCAAAAGCAUACCUCUCAAAAUGCUUUGGGCAUAACAUAAUGUAUUAAAGUAAAUAAGCUUCUUCUGUUCACCAAUGUCCAUCAAUAUACUUUCUAACUUUGCAUAG